AAACAGUCGCCCCAUGAACUUCCAGCGGCUCCUCGAGGCGGCGCGCCAAGAUGUGGACCGCGAAGCGAAGCAAGUGAAGCGACCAGUAAAGUCGCAGAUGGUAAUCACUAAGUUGCUGGAAUAUAUGCUCGACAUGGACGAAGACGGAUUUGAAGAGCUGUGGGACUUUGAGCGCCGUGUUAUCCCCUACUUCGAAGGACACUCAACGGAGUACCGCCUCGAGUGCAAGGAAGCACAUGCUGAGUUUCAAGACAUGGUGGAACGCCGCCUCGAGCGAUUCCUGACCACGCACGGGUGGACUGUCGAUGAAUUCCACCGACGGAUACGCGACGAGCUCGCGGGUAUCGACUCGAUCGAGAAAGAACAUGAACAUGCCGAAGAGCUCGUGCGGAUGAUCCACGACGCAUUUGACUUUGACUCAUGGGCGCAGAGCAUGCGGUACAGCGCCAACCGCCGCGUCGAGGUGGACGCCGACCACGUCGCGAGAAAAUAACACGGCAUGAUUCUGUA